AUGGCCUAUGCAUCCGGCACCGCCAUGUAUCCCGAGAGCGACGCUGACGACGAGUACGAGAGGAGUGUGCACGACUCAUCCCCUCCUCUGGCAACAGACUCCGAGGCGACAGACUCGAAUCCCUCGUCGAACGAGCACACGCCGACGACGUAUGGUGCCCCGGGCUCCGGGGACAGGCUGCCAGAGACCAUCAUCACCGAGUGGACUGCGGAUGAAUGCGCGGACUUUGUCGGGAGCUUGGGAUUGCAGCAAUACGUGGAUCAGUUCUUAGAAAAUGAGAUCGUGGGGGAGGCUUUGGUGGCGCUACAGCAUGAGGAUCUGAAGCAGAUGGGUGUUACGAGUGUUGGACAUCGACUCACGAUCUUGAAAAACGUUUACGAUAUCAAGACCAAGCAGGAUAUACCCCUAGAGAGCGAUCACUAUGUGCCCUUGUCGGCAGAUGCAGAGGCACAAUACGCAACGGCAACUCUGAAAGAUAUUAAGCAUCUGGUGGAACAACUACGAUUACGGGAUGAGAGAAUGAGUAUUGCAGAGAUGGAACUACGCAGGAUAACGUCCGAAUAUGCUCGAUUGCGAGAGGAGCUUCUGCCCGUAUUUCGUAUGGCGAAAGAAGGACAGCCACUGCCUUACCCUUCGGAUUCCAACAACCAAGCCUCAUACCCUUACGAUAUUCCAAAUACAAUAUCGCCGCCUGCACCCACGCCUCCAUCGGCCCAUUCUGUGAGCGGUCUUUCACGAAAAUUUUCCACAAAGCCGCUCUAUUUCGACAACCAGAAAAAUUCCUCUCCGACAUAUUUCCAAGCUACCCAGGAAAGACCUUUGAUGGAGCAAACUCUUGAUCCUGCAAGUGCAGCUGAGAGGGCAGUAAUUUCAUCCUCACAUCUGGCCGCCAUGAAUGGGGGCUCACAACCAUCAACAUCACCCGGCUACCCUUCACCUCUUAGCCAACCCUCACCAACUUCACCCCCGAUAGUCGGCGGCUCCACUCUCGCCUCCCGAUCCUACCGCUCCGGCUCCGACCAACCUACACCCGCCCGAAGCACUUUCGGACAAGACAACGACCAAUACCAAGCCUCGACCUACUCGCGAGAUUCUCAAAAACCCGCGCCCUCACGGCGAGCCCCAACCCCUGCCUCCGACACGCCCUCCUCCAACGGCUCCGUGGAGAUCUUCAAGUCCUUCCGCGUCAGUAUGGAAGACCCGUGCUACAAAGUCCUGCCCGCUGCUUUGAAGAAAUACAACAUCAACGCUCCGUGGGAACAAUACGCCUUAUACAUCGUCUAUGGUGAUAAAGAACGUUGCUUGGGGAUGGAGGAGAAGCCGCUGAUUCUGUUCAAGCAGCUUGAUAAGGAGGGAAAGAAGCCAAUGUUUAUGCUGAGGAAGAUCACCCCUAAUGGGGAUGUGCAGGUCGAGGGGCCGGGAAGCGCUGGACUAGAUAGAAAUAUGGGGAGGGGCAUGCAGGCCGUGUAUGAUCCGCCCGGGGGAAUCAUAUGA